CUUCUCGGUGAUGGGCCACCAAUGCUCGCGCUUAGCAAUGGCCCCGGAGGAAAGCUCUUCUGGGCCGUCAGCGCUCGUGAUCCUUGAGCUUGAUCCAGUUUCCAUGGCCUCUGCAGCGGAAAAUUCUUGGAAGGAUAUGAGCAUUGAGCAGGCCGCGAUCAGGAAGCUGACCCACAACAUCCAAGCUGUAUGUUCAGACCUCAUAAGCUGCAUUGCAGGCAAGGGUUCUGGCAGUAGUCGUAUGUUGCGAACGCCCUUGGCUGGGAGAGAGGCAGCUUGAAGAGUGGACAGGCCGGCUGACGUGUAUCAAUUGGAAUUGGGAAGUCUCUUGUAGCUGAUGCAAAGGGGUCAGGGGAAGUAGUUGGCAAUUGCCAUUUCAUUUCUGCAACAUGAACCAAGCAAAAGAUUGCUCGCUUUCGAAGGCCAAGUUCUGAGCUCAGCAUGCGUCGUUGAUUCCGGCUACUUGACACGUAGAAAUCAAAUGACUCGC